UACGAAAUUACACUUUAGCCCCCAAGUUUUCCUACUAUAUAACAGCACCGAUUCUUAAACCCAAAUCACAUCACAUCACCACAACACUACUCAGUACUCAAAAAGAGAAGAAAAUGAAGAGCGCAGGAAAAGGUUCCAAGGGAAAUGGUAAAUCGGAGGUGAAGAAGGACAGGAAAUCGGGCACUGGAAUCAAUGGAUCGCCUAAGAAAGGUGGCCGUGGAGGAAAGUUCACUUGGGCUGGCGAUGGUUAUUCCCCCUCUGAGAUGGGUUUCCAGAAGGAAGUCAUGGAUGUUAAGGAUCCAAACUUUGAAGAUCCAGAAGAAGAAGAGAUUGUUCACACCACUACUACCGUUAAUGCUUGAUUUAUUAGUUAAUGGAUCUGUGAUGAUCUUAUUUCUUCUCCAAUGAGAUAUGUAUAUAUAUCGUUUUAUUAAUAAAACAAGGUAACGUUUAUAGACUCUUUUUUAUUUGUAGAGAAUGAUCGGAUCUCUGUUUUUAGCUGUUAUUUUCUAGAAUCGAACAUCUGUUAUUUUGUAAUAAUGUUCUGAAUGAAUUUUCAACAAAAUUUGUGGGAA